GAGACCAGCUUCCCCCAUGUCCUUCACCCAGUGCUCCUGCCCUGUUGUCUGGGGCUAAAAUAAGACCCUCCUCCUUGAUUUAAAGAUAUUUACUUGAAGUUUUUUUGCUCGAAUAAAUUAUCAGGUUCUAUUUCAAAUCCCCUUUGUUAAUAUGGUAUCUUUUUUGUUUUUAAUUUUUUGUGUCUAUAAUUAUUUUCCUAAUACUUUUUGUUUUAGACAGGGUCCCACUGUGUAGACCAGGCUAGCCUAGAACUUACAGAGAUCCGCCUACCUCUGCCUCCUGAGUGCUGGGACUGAAGAUGUGCAGCACCAAGUCAGGCUUCAUAGUAUUUUUCUCCUAGAGUUCUUGGAGGAAGAAAAGUCUGGUCCCAUGGUGGUUGGUGUCUGCUCACUGUCACUUGUUCUGGGCAGUUUCCUUACAUGUUUUGUCAUUGUGGGUCCUGGAUGGAUCUAACGGAGCACAUAUCCAUGGGUAUGCUGUCACAGCCUGAGCUGAGAGCAUGGAUGGAAUUCAUUUAGCUGGUCCUCUCUGCUCUGUAUCUAGGUUCUGUAUCUAGGAUGGCUAUAUCAGCUCUUGGAUUGGAGUUUCAGAUUCAUGCGGAUAGAGUGCAUUUUUGAAAACCCUACAUGAGAAUUACAUCCUGUUUAUUCCCACUGUAACAUGAGUUUGGGUCUCAUUUGUUUCUGUUUGGUAGAAUAUCGACCAGCGAAACAAGGUCAUUCUCUCUCUGGUUUGGAGCUUCUUCCUGGUGCCUGGGGCAGAACUUGGCACACAGUAGACAAUCGUUAAGUGUUUAUUGGAAGGGAUGAUGAAGGAAUAUCCUUUCCACAGUGUGCUGUGAGGAAUAAAUGUGGAAUUGGGCAGGACCGGAUUUGAUGGCAAGCAGCGGAGUCCAGUUCAAAAGGCAUUUACAGUCCCACUGACAUGCAGAUGGUGUCGCUGACUUGGUGGAAGCAUGAUUUCCAACCUCUCCUUUUGUUGGCUGUCAUCUUAUCGUUGCUAGACGGCAGCUGUAGCUCCAGGCACCACAUCCACAUCCCAGGCAGACGGAAGGGACAAAAAGCAAAAUUAAAGAGGAAGCAACAGUAACAUUUCCUGGUUUUUAGGAAAGUGAAGAUUUCCCAAUGUGUAAGAGCACAUUUCUGCUGUGAUUUCCCUCAUGGAGAACUGGUCACGUGAGCAUCCCAGAAGUUAAGGGGCAUGGGAAGUCAGCAUCCCUUCAUCCAGACUCCACAGGUGAGGGAGGAAGGGUGGGAGACUGGGACCACAGAAGGGGUAUCAGCCCCAGAGGGCAUGUGUAAACUGCCUACUCUACACAGAAACCAUAAAGAAACCCUAAUAGGCCUUUCUGUGCCGGCCUCACUCAGCCUCAUAGUCCUGGUGUGCCUGUGGACCAUCACCGGCCUCACUCAGCCUCACAGUCCUGGGAUGCCUGUGGACCAUCACCGGCCUCACUCAGCCUCCCAGUCCUGGGGUGCCUGUGGACCAUCACCGGCCUCACUCAGCCUCACAGUCCUUGGGUGCCUAUGAACUAUCACCGGCCUCACUCAGCCUCACAGUCCUGGGGUGUCUGUGGACCAUCACCGGCCUCACUCAGACUCACAGUCCUGGGGUGUCUGUGGACCAUCACCGGCCUCACUCAGCCUCACAGUCCUGGGGUGCCUGUAGCCCAUCACCGGCCUCACUCAGCCUCACAGUCCUGGUGCCUGUGGACCAUCACCGGCCUCACUCAGCCUCACAGUCCUGGGGUGCCUGUGGACCAUCACCGGCCUCAGCCUCACAGUCCUAGUAUGCCUGUUGGCAUCAGAUCCCCUGAGCUCCUGGAACCAUCAGGCAUGAAGAUAUCCAUAUCCCUGAUUUCUCCCCUUCUUUCUUGUUUUGUUCAAAGCACUAAAGCUUAAAAAAAAAAUCCUAAACUACGUUUUCCAACGUGAAUAAUGUCCUGCUCUCAUUAAUUCCACCUGGUGACUUAGCUGACAGGCUGAGACAGCUUGAAGGAAGCCGGUGACUGUACAAGUCAAAGGUCUCUCAAGCUCGUAGCCAAGUCAUUGCCAAGGACUCUAUCAAGGACACUGAGAUGGAAAUACCAGGAGAGCCGGCAGCCAAUCUCGGGCAGAUCCUGGAAUGGCUGAGGAAGGAGCUGGCUGAGAUGCAGAUCCAAGACCAGCAGCUGCUGCUCGCACUGAGGCAUCUGCAGAGCCUCCUGGAGGAGCUUCGAACCGAAAGCACCCACUGGGAGGAUACAAGGUCCAGCAGAAACACAUCACCUUUCCGAGCUAGACUGGGCUCAGAGGGCCGGGGCUGCCAGCCUGUGUUGAGGGAACUGGCCCAGCUGCACCGAGGGGAAGAGAGCAGACGAAGCUCCCUUCCUUAACCAGCCAGAGAGGGUACUCAUCAAAACCCUCCCACCUUGAGUAUAAAUUUUGUGUCUGCUGUGUGUCCUUGGAUCUGUCAAUUCUUAACUGUCUCUGUCACUUAUCAAUGUAUGUGUGCGUUUGUGAUAAAUCAUUGGAUGCACACAUGCUUCAAAAGAACAACCCUGUUACAUAGUUUCCAGCAAGUUUAUUACCCAGGGUGAUAAUCCUAUUUUUAGGAAUUUUUCAUAGGGCGAUUGUUAAAAGAAAGAUUAUGAUGUGCAAAGAUGGCUGCCUACUGUUGUCUUGGUUAAAAAUCAGAAUACCUGUAGUGACUUCCUGGCUACUUUCUGUGUUCCCAACAGGCCUUCCUGGCCCUCUUUAUCUGGUAAGAACAGACCCUGUUGCCACCACAGAUCACAGAGAUGAGCAGGUCUCCAGGCCUAGUCAACUAUAUAAUUCAUGUUGGCUCUAACAUGAUUCGUGAUUGGUUUAAUUCAUGGGCAUGUGACUCAACAAAGCCAACCACAGUCCUUCCCUGGGAUUGCUAUCUGGAUUCUGCCAACCACACUUCCAGGAUGCAAUUUGAUUUCUCUUAAGCUGGGUUGGUCUUCACCAAUAAGCCGUGUAGGGUUAGACUCUAAGGCAAGAGGUGGGAGGAGAGACUGGCUCCUUUGUCCCCACAGUAUCUUGUAGGCUUCUUGCAACUCUUGGUGUCACCCUCAGUGAUGCUUCACCUCAGAGCAAGUGGCACCAGCUCUGUCUAGAUCUAAGGCCCAGCCUGGAGGCACCGUCUAGGCUCCAAGCCCCCUUUUAGAUGUCUGUAGGCCAGUGCUACAGGCCUUCUUUCUGCGUGGUUUAAAUUUUAAUCCUUCAGCUUGUUCCCCCGGCACUGGUGGUAAAUUCUUCCUGUAAUUGCAAGCUUGGAAUUCUUUUCAUAACUUCUCAUCCACUCAGUUAACUUUAUACUUAGUUAACAAUUCUUUGUAUUAAAUUCUGUGUGUUUAAAAAAAAGGAAGAAAGAAAAGGUGUGGCUUCUUUCCUACCUAUCCCCACCGACACCAUUUUUGCCAAUGCAGCUCUAACUAUUCAAAUGUC